AGGGUUCCCGGAAAGGUGUUGUCUAGCGGGGAUCAGAUUCCCGACAGAGCUCAGCGCGGGUCUUUCCUGUCACGUGCUGCACGGAGCCGCGGCUAGACUCGUUAUUGCUAGGCAACGGCUUGCACGCUUUGUCCGGUGCUGCAUCCUAGCUGUCUAGGAGGAUCUGGGCGCCGCAGGCGGACAUGGACCAGUACUGCAUCCUCGGUCGCAUCGGGGAGGGCGCCCACGGCAUCGUAUUCAAAGCCAAGCACGUAGAGACUGGAGAGAUCGUUGCCCUCAAGAAGGUGGCCCUGCGGCGGCUGGAGGAUGGCAUUCCUAACCAGGCCCUAAGGGAAAUCAAGGCUCUGCAGGAGAUCGAGGACAGUCAGUAUGUGGUACAGCUGAAAGCCGUGUUCCCACAUGGUGCAGGAUUUGUGCUGGCCUUCGAGUUUAUGCUGUCAGACCUGGCAGAGGUGGUGCGCCAUGCCCAGAGGCCCCUGGCCCCAGCACAGGUCAAGAGCUACCUGCAGAUGCUGCUCAAAGGUGUUGCAUUUUGCCACGCCAACAACAUUGUGCAUCGGGACCUGAAGCCUGCCAACCUGCUCAUCAGUGCCUCAGGCGAGCUCAAGAUCGCGGACUUUGGCCUGGCCCGGGUCUUCUCUCCAGAUGGUGGUCGCCUCUACACACAUCAAGUGGCCACCAGGUGGUACCGAGCCCCUGAGCUCCUGUAUGGUGCCCGGCAGUACGACCAGGGCGUCGACCUAUGGGCUGUGGGCUGCAUUAUGGGAGAACUGUUGAAUGGGUCCCCCCUGUUCCCGGGAGAGAAUGACAUCGAGCAACUUUGCUGUGUGCUUCGCAUCCUGGGCACGCCCAGCCCUCGAGUCUGGCCGGAGAUCACAGAGCUGCCUGACUACAACAAGAUCUCCUUCAAGGAGCAGGCACCGGUGCCCCUUGAGGAGGUGCUGCCUGAUGCCUCUCCCCAGGCCUUGGACCUGCUGGGCCAGUUCCUCCUCUACCCUCCACACCAGCGUAUUGCAGCCUCCCAGGCCCUUCUGCAUCAGUACUUCUUCACAGCUCCUCUGCCUGCCCAUCCCUCUGAGCUGCCAGUUCCUCAGCGCCCAGGAGGACCUGCACCGAAGGCUCACCCAGGCCCCCCUCAUGUCCAUGACUUCCAUGUGGACCGUCCUCUUGAGGAGUCACUGCUGAACCCAGAGCUGAUUCGGCCCUUCAUCCCAGAGGGACUCUUAAGAGCUACAAGAAACUAAUGGGUGACAACUUGUGUCUGGACGCUGUUUGGAAACAAAGGCCAGAAGAGGGAGCCACCAUGUCGUUGCUGGGAAUUGAACUCAGUGUCUCUGGAAGAGUUCUUAACCACUGAGCCAUCUCUCCAGCCCCUAUAUCCUAUACUUUUGAUUGUAUAAAACAUCUUAAACAUUUUGUGAUCAGUAGUCAUAAAUUCCAGGUUUUCUGGGACUGGGGACUUGUUUGUUUACAAAUGUGUCCUCAGAGAGAGGGCAGCAGCAGCUGGAGCUGCAGGGCCAGGGGCAGAGAAGACCAUACAACACUCACCAACACACUGGCAUUUGAAGCAUUUUCAAUCUUAAGAUAUAUUUUUAUGUCCAGCAUGUAACCCUUGACCAUAGAAAGAAAAGCUUGUAACUCUUUUUUUUGGGGGGGGGGGGAAGGCUAUGAAGUUAUUUUAUAUUUUGUAGCUAACCCUGGCCAGAUAGAGAAUUUUUCUUCCGUGGUGCCUGAACAAAGGCUGAGGUUAGGAAUCUGUGCAGAGUUAAUUAUUGUCCCCGGUACUCCAGUUAAAUUACUCUGCACUAUUUACCUUGGCUCAAUAAAUUGUACAGCUGGCUACAUGUUCUAGUAAAUAAGAUUGUAUUCUUUUUUGUUUUGUUUUUCAAGACAGGGUUUCUUUGUGUAAUAGUCCUAGAUGUUGUGGAACCCACUUGUAGACCAGGCUGGCCUUGAACUCAAAAAGAUCCAAGUGCUGGGAUUAAAGGUGUGCACUACCACCGCCCAGCUAAGAUUGUAUUCUUUUGGUAAUAGUUUACCUUAAAAUCCAAUUAGCAAAGCACCUGGCCUGAUCUAAAAGCUACUUUAAAGUUUUAUAUCAGUUGAUAGUGUGUGGCUAUCUUGGCAGCUGGGGAAAUUACAGUGUUUUCUUAAGCUGUACUCUAGUUCCACUCUUAAUGGAAGCUUAGAACUUCUGACUUGGGCAGCAUUUGUUUUAUUCAUGAAAACUCGGUAUAGGUUAACAGUAUUAAUACUAAUUGGAUAAUACAGCUAAGGCAGAACCAUCUUCUUGACAAUUCAUAGAUAAAAAUGCCCAGUAGAUAAAGAAUGUAUUCAUGCGAUACACACACACACACACACACACAUACACACGCACACACGCACACGCACACACACACACACAGGCUAGGGAAAGAAUGCAUUUAGCACAUUUAAAAUUAUAGGGAGAAACAUCAGAUAUUCUGGCGUCUGUAUUUCUUGCAGGUCUUGCAAGGCACAUUUCCUCCAUCAGAAAUUAAUUCUGGUUGGUUGACACCUUGAAUAUUAAUUGCUCCUGUAAUAAAUGAUAAAGGCUCUCUGCCAGAAUGACCCUGAACUCAUCCUGCGGCCAGUGCAGGUGUGAACUACUGAUUCUGGAUUCUGCAGUGCUGAGGAUUGAAUCCAGAGUUCAAUGUCUGGUGCAUGUCGGACAUUUCAACCCUUUGAGGACUCAACAAGGCCUUAAUGUGGUGUGGGAGGUCCUUCUGACUAUGUGUUGCUUUCAUUGGUUAAUAAAGGAACUGCUUGGGCUAUAGCAGAGCUGUAGGGGAACAGAGCUAGGAAGGGAAAAAUAAAUGGAAUGCUGGGAAGAAGAGGUAGGGAGAGACACCAUGGAGCCACCGGAGUCAGACGUGCUGAGUCUUUGCCAUUAAGCCACUGCCAUGUGGCGAUAUACAGAUUAAUAGAAAUGGGUUAAAUUA